UUGCGGAAGGUUCUCGUCUCGGUCGGCGAGACGUCUCAGGCUGUCUCUUGAGGGCAUCACCUUGACUGCCCUCAAGUUCAGAACCACGCUGACACUUGAGUCCAUCCACUGGCAAUGCCAUGGGGACCGGCCAGUCUGUGAGCUUUCCACCCAUCUCCGGCCCCUACCACGUAGGCUGUGGGGAUGUGAUGGAAGGUCAUAGUCUCCAGGGGAGCUUCUUUCGACUCUUCUACCCUUGCCAAGAGGUGGAGGAGACCCCAGAGCAGCCUCUCUGGAUUCCUCGAUACGAGUACUGCACUGGCCUGGCUGAUUACCUGCAGUUUAACAAGCGCUGGGUGGGGUUGCUGCUCAACCUGGUUGUGGGAUCUUGUCGCCUGCCUGUUAGCUGGAAUGGCUCCUUUAAGACAAAGGACUCUGGAUAUCCUUUGAUCAUCUUCUCCCAUGGUUUGGGAGCCUUCAGGACAGUGUAUUCAGCCUUCUGUAUGGAGCUGGCCUCCCGCGGCUUUGUGGUUGCAGUGCCAGAACACAGGGACCAGUCAGCUUCAACCACCUAUUUCUAUAAGCAGCCCCUAGAGGAGAACCAGCCCACCGGUGAGUCACUGGAGGAGGAAUGGAUCCCCUUCCGCCGAAUCGAGGAAGGGGAGAAGGAAUUCCAUAUCCGGAAUCCUCAGGUGCACCAGCGGGUGAGGGAGUGCAUGCAGGUGCUGAGGAUCCUGCAGGACAUCACUGCUGGGAAGACUGUCCCCAAUGUCUUGCCUGGUGGAUUGGAUCUGAUGACCUUCAAGGGCGGCAUUGACAUGAGCCGUGUGGCUGUGAUGGGACAUUCAUUUGGAGGGGCCACAGCUAUUCUGGCCUUAGCCAAGGAGGCCCAGUUCCGGUGUGCUGUGGCCUUGGAUGCUUGGAUGUUUCCUCUGGAACACGACUUUUACCCAAAGGCCCGGGGCCCUGUGUUCUUCAUCAAUGCUGAGAAAUUCCAGACUGUGGAGAGUGUUAACUUGAUGAAGAAGAUAUGCACUCAGCAUGAACAGUCGAGGAUCAUAACUGUCCUUGGUUCCAUUCAUCGGAGUCAGACUGACUUUGUUUUUGUGACUGGAAAACUGUUUGGUAAAUUCUUCUCCUCUCACACCCGUGGGAGCUUGGACCCCUAUGAAGGCCAGGAGAUUAUGGUGCGGGCCAUGCUGGCCUUCCUGCAGAAGCACCUUGAUCUGAAAGAGGACUAUGAUCAAUGGAACAACCUCAUUGAAGGCAUUGGACCAUCGCUCACUCCAGGGGCCCCACACUACCUUUCUAACAUAUAGGCACAAUUGGCCUUUUCUCAAGCUGAGUUUUCCAUUUAGGGGCUGCCAAGGGGCACCCCAUAAUCUAUCAGAAAGUGGUCAGCAUGAUUGAGAGAAUGUAAUCACACUGCUGAUUGGAUAACUAGGUACUUUGAUUUGGGGUUUGUUGAUCUGAAAAUCACAUUGGGACAUAGAUCACU